AAGCGGGUACAUAAGUGUGACUACUUUCAAUUAUGAGUUUUUAAAUAUUUGUUUUCUAAGAGUAAGAAGUUAUGAUGUAAGAUUCUACAUUCAUAGAUGUAAAAUAUAUUAACAGGUUGUUAAAAGUGCUCUAUGAUGCAUGGUGCAAGACAUGUCAUUUACAAAGCAAGCUUAAGAACACACGGACAGCUCCAAGAUAUUGUAAUAGCUAUUGGAGAAGUUCAGGAUAUAGCAGUAGACAACAUCAAAGAAAAACUAUAUUGGACGGACAGACAGUUGAGAUCUAUCGGUAUAGCAAAUUAUGACGGAUCAGCAGUCUCAAAAUUGAUAAAUAAUUUAAACAGUCCGAAAUCGUUGGCCAUAGAUUCUUUAAAAGGGAUAAUGUUUUGGAGUGAUGAUUUUGACCAAUCAGUUGAGCAAUUGAUAAUUGGCGAGUGUGUGCGAUCAGUUAUAAUGAGAGAUGUCAUUGCCACAACAUUAACUAUAGACACUGAAAGUCAUGUCUUGUAUAUUUACGAGAAUUACAGCAAUCGCUUAAUAGCAUAUUCUUAUAUUGAUGUAGCACCAGCAAGGACUCCAAUUCCUUUAUCACAACAAAUUUACGGAGUUUCCGUUUUCCAAGGAAGUAUUAUUACAAUACUAUCGAAAGACUCGUAUGCCUGUAUAAACAUAUGGAAUAAUACAGACUUAAAUACAAGCUCGUACUGUGAUAUUGGCUUCGGAAAGAUCCAUCAGUUAAUAACAUCAUUUACUGAAACCAAAGGUUAUCGACACAAUGAAAAUAACAAUGAUGAGAAUCCAGAUUGUGCUGUUUCCAAAGCUACAUGUAUCAAAUACAGCAAGAAUAGAAAAGAUUGCAUACUUGCCAGCAGAAAUUAUGAUGAUAGUCCAUUUCUGCUUAUUGCUGACCAGCGAGGUAGAGCUUUGUACAAGAUUGAUGCAGAGUCCAUGGAAAAAUCAGUCAUACCUGUGAAAGAACUGGACCAGCCAUACGGCAUUUCUUUUGACAUGGUAGACGAUAUGGUGUAUUGGACUGACAUAGGAAGUAGACAAAACUCAAUAUCUCGAGCGUAUUUGGAUGGUUCAUUCCAAGAAAUUAUAUUCUCUCAUCAAGACUUAUAUUCCACAGCAAUAGAGAUAGACAGUGAUUUACGUCUGGCGUUCUUCAGUGAUUUUUCCUUCCAUAGAAUAGGCGUGUUACACAUUCCAUCACUGACAUAUAAGUACAUUUUACAAGAGGAGCAUUUCCAUCCAUUUUCUUUUCAUCUCCAUACACACAAUAAUUAUCCGGAAAUAUACAUAUCAAAACACGGAAGUUUUCCAAGAAUUGUCAGUAGUAUUAUAGGAAGUGGAAAGACAAUCGGAGUAACAGAUGAAGCAGUAAAACCAAGAGGGGUUUAUCUUGAUGAAAAAGAUCUAUAUUGGAUCGAUAGUUAUGACAACACUGUAAAACAUCUCAAUACUACGUCUGGUAACCCAUCUACAAUGCUAUAUGGAUAUUUACAUGAAAUGGAAAUGAGAGAUCUUGAACUUUACAGAAACAAGUACAUGUUCGUUUCUGAUGUAAAGAAUGGUCGAAUAAUGAGAUUUAACCUAACUGAAAUGCACGAAAAGAUGGAUACCUCUAGUUAUAUGAUUGCUACAACUAUUACAGAUUUAUAUGCACCAUCAGGAAUGACGCUGAUUGAUCUUUUCAAAUUCGAUUUAAAAGUACGUGAUAUCAAAUGCAGCCAGUGUGACGGUGUGUGCCUUGGCAAUGACAACUGUUUAACAGAUUUUGAAAAUUUUGUAAACAAUCAUAUCUCAACAGGAUUCUGUAUAAUACCACAUACUUUGGGUGAAAAUGUAGAAGUUAUUAAUGCAAGAAGAAGAACCAUGGUAUAUAACGGAUACACAUUGUCCGUGUCUUGUAAAAGAGGACUUCAUCUUGAAAAUCCAAGUAGCCCUAUACGAUGCAUUAAUGGAAACUGGACAAAUCUGCCGAUGUGUGUAAGAGAUGGGGAAAUUCAUGGAACGGAAGACAAAGGAUGGAAGUUAUUUUUAGAGAAUGGCCAAUUCUACAUUUCACCUGAAAUGAUGACUUUGUCAGUUGUCGUUAUAGGAGGUGGUGGAGGAGGAUUUGACAAUUCAACAUUACUUAGUGUGGACCAUGCUGGUCGUGGAGAGGACUCGAUGUUUCUCGAUGUUUUUGCUGAAGGUGGUAAAGGUGGAACAUUACAGAGAGGUGGGAAAGGUGGCGGUGGCAAUGUGUACGAUGGCAAAGAUGGAGGUCAAGAAAACAGCUGUAGCACAAUCAAAAACUGUAAUAAAGUUGAUAGGAUGGAAACAUUUCUCCGUAGCCAGCAUGACUAUUCACCAACUAGUAAAAGGCGCUGUGCAUGCUGCAAGAUAAAUGAAAGUGAUAUUGACGAUAAAAGAGGAAAAACAUACACAAGUUUGUGUGAUUCAAACGGAAUGGAAUUUGGUGUUGGUGGUCAAGGAAAUAGUGGAUGGUCAGGUGGCGAUGGGGGUAUUUCCUGCAAUAUGAUAUAUAAAGACGGGUAUCCAGAGCAUCGUACUGUAGAUAUACAAGUGGGUAAAGGUGGAAGUCAGUCGUAUACUACAGCUGGAAAUGGCAUGGUACUUGUUACAUGGGGAAUGGGAAAUGCAUGUGUAGUUUUGUAACGAAAUGAUUGUGUAAACCCCUGGAUUUAUUACUGAUACUUUAUUAUCAUAACAGAUUGCAAAAGUACGGAAUAUUUGUAUUGUACUUUUUAGACUAUUUAUAAGCAGUCGAGAUAAAAAUUGCUUUCAAGUAUACAUAGUUUUCAAAGUUUUUAAAUUCAGUUGAUAAUUUUUAAUCAUUUAUGAUAUAUUUUUUAAAAUGUUUCAAUUAGAUACUUCGUUCAAUGGUACACAACAGUACCAAAUUCCGGAAAGACUGCAGUUUGAACAAACACUACUGAAUCGAGCCCUUGUUCGAUUGUUUAUAAAGUUUUUAAUAAGUCUUCACUUGACGAUUAGGAAGGGGUUGUAUCCGUCUUAAAUAAUUUUAAAAAUGUAUCUUUACGUCAUCUAGUUUGAACCCAACUGGACAGUACCGUUUGAUAACGAUUGGACAACAAUAAUAACACUAAACAAUACCAGUUUGCCAUCUAAAGAUCUCAUUUUAUUAUGGUAGGUGUAUAGAACGCCAGGACUGUCUUAGUACGUCGUUUAUGUGUGACUAGUCACAAUAUUUCUCGGUUUAUGGAUGACCUAGGAUUAAAAGGUAUAAUGACAUGUUUUUCAGUAUAGACUGAAGAAAAAACCUGUCUUAUCAAUUUUCAACAGCACACUUUUCAUUAUUUCUAAAUAAUAUGGUAGUUUGCAUUUAUUUACCAUAUGCCUCGCCGAGGUAUAGUCAUUAAUGUGCUGAUGGCUUGUUGUGCGAUGUAGAUGUAGAUCAUGUUAACCAUCAAGUUUGCUUUUUAUUUUUACUAGUAGAAAAUUAGUUAUUUGCCCUUUUUGCUACAUGCUAUGUAACGUAUUUUAAUUAAUUUAAGAGAUUACUUUUUUUUGCGUCAUUAGGUUUAUGUCUCAAUGCGAGAGCUGUAUUUGAUUUCGCAGUUCUAUUCACAAAAACAAUACUUUAUAUAUUCAAAUAGAGUCAAUUCUAAUGUCAAUCAUAUCAUUCUUUAACCUUACAAUACAUGUUACUGUUCUCUUAUAUUUAUUUGCAAUUAUCAACUAAGAUAUGUUAGAAACAUUUUAUGUGUGUCACCUGCAAACCAGUGGAGGGCUUCAAAAUCGGAAAAAUUAAUCAACAAGGGUUCAAAAAAUUUGACUUUGAUGAAGAGGUGUCUUCCCGGAAUGUCUACAUUUUAAUAAAUAUCUAUUCCAAUGCCAACAGAAUAAAUUGAAUAGAUGUUGUUUAAGUGAACGGUUGUUGUUUUAGAACAAAAUUUUUAAAUUAGUAUGAAAAGGUUACUGUUAAGGUAAAAAUUAUUUUUCCCCUUAAAUUUCCCUUUUUUUUUUUUUUAUUAAAAAUGGAAUGGAAUAAUAAAGAAAAUGAUAAGAAAGCUAAAAAACGAAUAAAUGAAAUAAGAUGCAUUUAUUGAUUUUUUUUAAAUACCGAAGUGAACUGUUAUUUUAAAAAGUAAACGUCGUAAAAUGUGACCAUUCAUGUUGUAAAUUUUAAAUAUAUGUACAUGUGUGCAUAAUUCAUGUGUAAUUGUGACAUGUGCUUUGAUAGUU